UAACUAACGUAGCCAACACGAAACAUUCCGAAGCAACGAACGGAAAAUAAAAUAGAAAUAUAGAAAAGAAAAGUACUUAAGCAUGCAAAAUUUAAUAAAGAGCCCUGCCCUGCUUUCGAUUCUUAAGUAUCCGCCUGCGAAUUUUCACAUUCCCACAGAAAGCGUUGAAGCGCGGGAUGUUGCGGUGAAAAGUGGCGGAAGCGGAGUGAUUCCGCUUAAUGCCAAUGCUUGUGUGUUUGUGCCACGUUCUGUGGCAGUCAAGGCAGAUUCAGACGUGGAUCAUGAACAGCUAAAGCGUCAUUUUGAGUCCAAGGACGCGAAGAAGCAGAAGACACAGCUGACAUUGCCUUGGAAGGGAUUUCCGAAGCGACCAGAUAAAGCUGGUAAUCCCACUCUCGUUACGGCGAAGAUUGACGAGGAUUACGCCUUCGAAAUUAAGUCAGUGGGCAAGCGAGUCAAAAGAGAGAAUUCCUCCGCUGAGGAGAAACCUCUUAGAACCGAAAAGGCAGCCACAACUGAAGCUGUUCCUUCGGCUUCCGAAGAGCUUGCUCUGGAGGAAAAGCGACUUGAACAUGGUAGGAAAGUGGCCUUGGAGGCCCUCAAAUUGGUGGAGCAGCGACGCGCGCGCGGAUCUUUCGUUGACACUUCCAAAGAAGUGGCGGCUGGAGAGGUCGUCCGACACAUCUCGUAUUCGCCAGUGCGAUUCACUCCAGAGGAGAAGGUGCGCGUGGAUAAGUUGCGGGCGUCCAAGAAGGAGAGAAUCGAAAGGGUUCUGAAAGAGAUGGCUCAGAAGAAGAAGCCCAUGCAGCUGAAGCCCAUACAGCAGAAGCCCCAAAAGGAGAAACCAUCCCAAGCGAAUUACCAAAACGAUCCGAAGUUUGUUCAAGUCACGAAGCAUGAUAGUAACCAACUUCAAAAGGAUAUUCAGCAUGCGAUAUUCAAACCCAAGACGCUUAACCAGGCUCUACAACAGGAGAAGGGACUGAAUAAGAUGACGCAAGAGAAGCUGUUGAAACGGGAUAGUUUCCAACCGGAGAUGUCUCAACAGCAGCAGCAGGAGAAGCCUCCACCGCAGAGGAUGAUUCAGAAGCGUUACUUUGGCCUUCAACGGGCCACAGCGAUCAAUGCACAAAUGGAGCCAGUGGUGCAGAAAGAGGUGAAAACUGAGCUUAAGCCUGAAGUGAAAACUGAGGUGAAAACUAAGGUGAAAACUGAGGUGAAGACUGAGGCGGUGGUCAGUGCGCCCGCCAGACGUUACAUUCCCACAACAAAGGAGUGGGAUGAAAAAUGUCGUUUGCGCCAAUUGGAACGGCUUAAGACUGCCGACAAGGAGAAUGAGAAGGCAAAAUCGAGUCCCAAUACAGCUGUGACCUCCAACAAACCUUUUUUGUGGCGCGCUGACAGCAAUCGACCUUUGACCGAAUCCAACUCGGCCAAAAACCCAACAGAAAUGAUCAAAUUUGGAAACCCUCAAGUAGCUGCAGUCAUCCCCCGCUAUGUUCCACCCAUUCCCAGAGCCGAACCAGCCGAAUUGGCGUUGGCUCGACUGCUCCAGACCGAGAAGCGUCGUGGAAAUCUAACCUAUGCCCAGGCCCUGCUCAGUCGUCCGCCUGUACAGUUCGAACCCUCGUCAAAGUAUUAUCCGGUCUGUAACAUCAUUCGCUAUACCGUCGAGGAGUUGCUGAUGUUGGAGCCACAACCAGAACAAAUGCAGCCACCUAAACUUAAUGGGACCUCUCCAGGUUUGGGAUGUUUCUUAGAAUAAUUGCGUUCGAAAUGUCAAUUUGGAGGUAGUCCACUCAACAGCAGGACCUUCCUGCCGACACUGCUUACACAAUUUGUUUCGGUUUUGUUCUUAAAUUAGCUAACAAUUUCUUGAUUUUUCUUAAUUUUCUUCUCCUUUGCAUUUGCAUUUCG